AUGUCCUUCGUAUACACCCUUGGCUUGACUUUGAUGCUUGUUGUGAGUGGCGUCCGGCAAGACCAGAUGGGUACGCCAAACGGACGCGAUGAGAAACCUUGGGCGGAUCCUUAUCAAACAGGGCAACACAGUGGCUUCUACGACCGGCAACGACGUGAUAUGGAAAAGAUCAUUGUUGACUGCUGGCACCCGCACCUCGAAUCCUUUACCAAGUGCAUCAAGGAGACGUGUGAAAAGGACUUUGGCGGCAGUUUCACUGCAGUGGUCUCAGAUCAUUGGAAAUAUGUGGAACCUGAACACGAUCAGGGCUACUAUGUCAUGUUCCAGUACGGUGACACGAGCAAAGGGCAAGAUUACAAGAUCGUGAUCCGCAAGUAG